CAAGUGACAAACGUUUGACACCUUAAAAAAACAAUUAAAUUUGACAUUAUUGUGCAUAAUAUCUCAAGUAAACAUUCGAAAUUCAAGCAUGAUUUAACCAAAAAUACCUAUUAUUCGAUUCCCUCAAUUAUCGUCUUUAAACCACGCGCCAAUCACUGACCGCGUCCAAAAUUCCAUAAGCUACAAUUCUCAGAAAAACGUGUGUAGAAAACAUAACGGGCGUAAUAUCAAGUUUGUAACACAAAACUCCAAAAAAGUGUCGCGGCCUUCAGUGAAAAAUCAGCGCGAGUGACAUUAUUAAAUCAAAGUGCAUGAAUAUAAAUAGUGUCGGAUUGAAGAAAAUCGUCGACGUGAUCUUUAGAAACGAUGGAUACUAUAUUUCACGAGAAGCAAGAGGGAUACCUCUGCGCUCAGCAUUGCUUAAAUGCACUCCUGCAAGGUUCUUACUUUAACGCAGUCGAUCUUGCAAAUCUAGCUCAGCAAAUGGACGAGCAAGAACGACUCACUAUGUUAGAAUCCGGGGAAGAGAGUGAAGAUUAUAGGCACUUUUUAGAGCAACCAUCAGGGAAUGUAGACGACAGUGGAUAUUUUUCGGUGCAAGUUAUAAGCAAGGCAUUGGAAGUUUGGAAUCUGGAAAUGAUCCCAUACAAUAGCACCGAACCAAUAGCUCUUUUGGCCCAAAAUGAUCCUUCGCAAAUGAAGGCGUAUAUUUGUAACUACAAGGGUCACUGGUUCACAAUUAGGAAGUUGGGAAGUCAGUGGUUCAAUUUAAAUUCCAUGUUGAGUGGUCCUCAACUAAUAUCAGACACAUACCUGUCUAUGUAUUUAGCUCAACUAAUUCAAGAAGGUUACUCAAUAUUCGUUGUGAUUGGCACUUUUCCUGUAUGCGAUGCGGAAGAAUGUCUUUCGAGGCAGCCAGUGCAUUCGGUACCCCGAGCCAGAACAAAUUCCGGACAUUCCAGGGACAAGAAAAAUGUUGUCACUCUUCAAGAGAGAUCCGGAAGCGACAAAAAAUUGUUAGAAGCCGCCCUCGAAGGUAUACGCGAUGUCCAAGUACCUGCCUCAAGCAUCGGAAUUGCCGGUUCUUCGACCUCGGGAUUGGCAAAUUUGCGAAAUUUGCCAAAUUUGCUGAAGCGCGUUAAAGCAGGAACCGAUUCCUCAUCGAGAAAGGAAAAACCGAUUCCUGUGAUCACGAUCGAUGGCUGUGGAGAGGAGGAUGAUGAUGAUGAUGCCGAUUUGCAGAGGGCACUCCAGUUGAGUUUGGAAGACACUGUCGACGAUACAGCAGCGAGGCCACUUGCUCUGCGACUAGAUUUAGGUCCAGGUGGUGAAAAUGCGACACAUCUGCUGGGAGAAACUGAGGAGGAGGAAGAGGAGGAGGAGGAAGAGGAGGAGGAGGAGGAGGAUGACGAAUUGAGGAAAGCACUUCAACUGAGCCUGGAGUGCGUUUCUACUCCACCGAGCAGCAGCAGCACCUCUGAUCAGGAUGAUGUUCGAUGGCGGCAUGGUCCAAUUCUUAGCAUGUCCAGGUCGAGCACAGAGUCCACUCAGCAAUUGAAUACAUAACAAUAGGUGGUUUUUAUUGUUGUUGUUGUUUCUUAUUCUCAAUAAUGUUGUGUUAUUAUACAAUAUAUUUAUUUUCAUGAUUUUGACCAUUGUAAUUAACUAACUGCUAACACGGGGAAGGAUUGACACUUCUAAUGUGGAUGAUCCAGUAAAUAAAAAGUCUAUUUCACAGCUA